AGUCGUGUGAUCUUCGCCUCUUGAUCUCGUGGCUCUUCGCAAUGAGCGAGUACUGGCUUGUUUCGCUUCCAGGCGACCCUAGACCUACAGAUACUUGGAAGAAAAUACAAACAGCGACGUCUCUACACAACGAGCUAAGCGUCAACAGCAAAUUUGAAAUUCCGGAGCUCAAGGUGGGGACGCUUGACACUCUCGUUGCUCUCUCGGACGAGCUGGCCAAACAUGACGUCUUUGCUGAGAGUGUUACGCGUAAGGUGGCACAGUGUAUGAGUGAUAUACUGGACGCGGGCAAGAAGGACAAAGUUACUGAUAACUUGAAAAUCAACAAUCAGUCGAUAUCUCAGUAUUUGUCCAAGUUUCAGUGGGAGACGUCACGCUUUCCGAUUCGGCAGUCGCCGAAGGCGUUAGCAGAAAUGAUCGUAAAGCAAUUGUCUCAGAUUGAGGGAGAUUUGAAGACCAAGUCGACUGCGUACAGCACUGCGAAGGCGAAUCUCUUGAGUAUAGAAAGAAGGCAGACUGGUACCAUUCUAACAAGAAGUCUGAACGACAUUGUGAAGAAGGAGCAUAUGGUCGUUGACUCAGAGUAUCUAUCGACGGUGCUGGUUGUUGUUCCACGCGCUUUGUAUCGUGACUGGGAACAGAAGUAUGAGACGCUGUCUGACAUGGUUGUGCCGCGCUCGAGCAAACUAAUCUACGAAGACGCAGAGUAUGGUCUCUAUUCUGUUACACUUUUUAAAAAAGUGGUGGAUGAGUACAAACUACACGCAAGAGAGAACAAAUUUACUGUACGAGAGUUUGUAUUCGAUGAAGCUUCAAUCAAUGCUGAACGACAGGAACUUACUAGACUAGAGAGUGAUGUCAAGCGACAAUAUCCGGGAUUGGUACGUUGGCUGAAGGCGAAUUUCGGUGAAGCCUUUGCACAAUGGAUGCACAUCAAGGCUCUUAGAGUGUUUGUUGAGUCCGUUUUACGAUAUGGGUUGCCUGUUAACUUCCAAGCUCUUGUGAUGAAGCCUCAGAAGAAAAGUCAGAAGAAACUGCGUGAGACACUAGAGCAGAUGUAUGGUGGAGGUGACAUUAAAGAAGAUAAGGAUCUGAAGGCAGAGUUGGUGGAGAUUCCUGGCUUGAUGGUUGGUCAACAGGAGUAUUACCCGUACGUCUAUUUUCCGAUUGGGGUCGACUUGCUCGAGCACUAGCCACAAUGUUUUCACUUAGAUGGACAUAUUAUUUCUUCGAAUUUCUUAUAGGUGUACUCAUAGUGUCUUCUGUAUAUCAUCUUAAUAGAAUAAUGCCUGUGAUUGUGAUAUAUCAA